ACCUCCAUAUAAACGACUCGUCGUUUAAAACUGCUUCAGCUUCGUGAAUUCUCUUUCAAGUUAGGUAGCGCAGAGCUCUCUCGGAAAUCUUCAGUCAUUUGCUCAGAUCUCCGAUCUUUCUCGUAGAUCCUUACGAAAUCGAAGAUUCGGAAUCGAAACAUGUCGGCGCUUUUCAAUUUCAAUUCGUUUUUGACGGUGGUGCUGCUCGUGAUUUGCACGUGCACGUUCGUGAAGAUGCAGUUUCCGGCCGUCCUGGAGCAGAAAACAGGGUUCCGGGGAUUUUUCUGGAAGGCAGCUAGAAUAGGUGAACGCUUGAGCCCUUGGGUUGCGUUUGGAUGCUUUACAAUGGGGAUCUCGAUUAUAUUUUUCUAGGCACAAGUUGCUUUUGUGCUCCAGGAAGCAGCUGGAUCUCUUAGUUCAUUUGUCAAUUUGUUCCAACGCGUCGCUUGGUUCUUGUUCUUGACCUGAUUUUGCUCGAACUGCAACGCAAAUGGAUUUACGUGAUAGGUGUCCGGCUUGCGCAUAUGAUUUCAACAUGUAGUUGGUGAUUUAGAUUAGCAUUCCACAGUUCUUUGUUUCUCUUACCGUUCAUGAAUGAAUUGAAACCAGCUUCUUGUU